UUGGAAAGCCCAUUAAAGUGUAUCAGUCGCCAUCAUACGUCUAUCGGAGAAAGGUGUACAACAUUUUUGAAAGAAGCCGAAAAGCUUAAAUCUAUAGCGGAUCCAUCGUAUAAGCCAAGCCAACGGGUUUGCAGAUAUCUCCACUUAAAUACUCUCUGUCUAGAGAACUCUGUAACGAUGUAUUGCGCCAAUGCAAAAAAGCUGUUUCGACGGCUAAAUUUCAGGGACUACUUUUUGAAUUUCAUUUUACCUUCGAACGACACUUUAUUCGACGAUCUCGACCUGGACGCAUGCCAAAUGUAUGAUUUCGUGAAGCAGAACAACAAAAUGUCGGAUGCUCAGCUUGAUAAGGUGUGCCGAUAG